AUGACUGGUGUUUAGAUAAAAUAUAUGAUAUUACAGGAAGACAAGGGUUUUAUUCUUAUUAUUGGUAAUUUGAAAAAACAACUUUUUAAAUAAAAUUCACAAGUAAUUCAGAACUUAUCUACUAUCAAUUUGGAGAUAUAUUAAGGAUAUAGAGAAAAAAUAAUUGAUUAAAAGAAUAAGCCCAUUAUCAUGAAGAACUUGGAAUAAAUAAAACAUCUUAAAUGGGAAGGGGAGUUUGGAAUUAAUAAUAUAUAGACUGGUAAAUGGACAGCAUUUUGGAAAGGAAAAUAAUUAGAUGUAGGAGGAUAUUAUAAUGAGAAUGGUUUGAAAAUAGGAAAUUGGAUUGAAUUGUUUGAAAAUUAUUGGGACUUCUCUCCUGUUACAUAUGUUGGCGAAUAUUAAGUUGGAUAUAAAUAAGGAAAAUGGGAUACGUUUUAUGAAAAAUAGAAAAUGUAAUCGUUUACAAAUAGACUUAAUUUAGAGGAGGUGGUAGUUAUUAGAAUGGUAAUAAAGUUGGUUUAUGGAUUGAUUUAUACGAAAAUUAUUAUUGGUGAUUAUGCAUAACAUAUUAUUAGCUCAUGUAAAGUUACUCUUACAGGAGAGUAUCAGAACAAUUAUAAAAUCGGUAGAUGGGAUACGAUGUUUUAAAACAAAAUUAUUGGAAGUACUGAUUAUGAUUAGAAUGGACUGAAAAAUGGAAUAGGAAUAGAAGUAGAUGAGAAUUUCUAUUAUUGCUGUUAAGUUAUAUACAGGGGAGAAUAUAAAAACAAUAUUAAGGUAGGUCGAUGGGAUACAAUCUUUUUGGAAAAUAACACAAUCAUUGGAGGAGGAAAUUAUGAUAUAAAGGGUUUGAAAGAGGGUUUGUGGGUGGAUUUACAUGACGGAUUUAACAUAUACUAUAAAUACAUCUAAACUGGAACCUAUUAAAAUGGUAUUAGGCAAGGCUAAUUUAUAGAAUCAUAAUUAUCUUGA